AUGCUGGUAAAUGUCAAGUUCUAUCGAGUGGAUUAUGCUCAGGUCGGAACAACCAAUCGAGGAUGUAUGAGACUGAUACAUUCAGAGAAAAGUGGAAAUGUCACACCGAAGAAGAAAGCGCAACAGCCAAAAUACAGGGUAAAUGUGGUUUUUAACUAAACAGUCUGUUUGGUUAUACGGUAAAAUACGUCACAAUGAGUUAUAUUACAUAAUUAUUAUACGCAAUGCAAUAAAAAAGUAAAAGCAGUGAAAUAGAUGCAAGAAAACUAUUCAUUUUCAGAUUGUGGUUGGCGCAAACAGCGGAAUUUUACUGUGUUUGGAGCGAAAAGCAGAUGAAACGAAAGUAGGUUUUGAAUAAGAAAUUUACCUGCUUCCGUAUUUUACCAUCAACAUCCUUUUCCAGAUCGUUUUCAAAACAAACCCAGGCCCUCCAAUAAGUUUCGUCCGCCUCGGCGGAGCUCUGCACACAAUCCAAGACAAAACUUUCGCAGCAGCUGGCGAAACGGUGAGAGGGUAUUCGAAAAAAGGAAAACAGUUUUUGUCAUUCGAAAGCAAUAUGGCGGAAACUAUUUCGUCGAUGUAAGUUGCAACGACUAGACCUACUAGUGAAGAAAGAAUUUUACAAAAGAGUUCAAUUUCAGGUACGUUUAUGGAGUUGACUUGUUUCUGGCUGGUAGGAACACAGUGUAUCAGUACCAUGAUUGCGAAGAAAAAGCGGUAAGUGGAAUAGAAGAGGAUUUGACAACUGUAUCAUAAAAAAACUUUAUUAGAAAAUUCGUAGGACUACAAAGCAGUCAUAUAUUAGGUAAUUGCACCUGACAAAAGCUUCGUAUCAGGAGUUAAAAAAAAGCUUUUACUAUGCAAAGCCUAGUAGACGUGAUUUGUGGACUGAGUGCUGGUAAGUUUGUUUUUCAGGCGGUAAAAAAGGUAAAAUACGUUUCUAAAAAUUUGGUCAAUUUUUUGUUUGUUUUUGGCUUGCAAGAUAAGUAACCAAAACUGCGAUACUCCGAUCUUCUCUAAACUUUGCGCACAUUUCGGACAUAGGCCACAUAUCAAUCCCUGAAAAUUGUAGCUCUCGCUUUGCAAAGACAGCAGAGACAGUUAACGGUCUUUGCAGCCAAGAGAGCACGCCAAACGCGGAGGGCGGUGAGAAAAAAAAGCAUUUUUUUGCCGUGUCUUCUCCAGCUCCGCAAGAGAAGAAAUGAUUUUUUUAGGUUUCUUAACGACAUUUAGUUAAAAACAUUCUAGAAAACUCAAGGGAUUUAAAAAAUAUAUUUUAAGUUAGUGCCAAGUCUAAUCAAGAUGAAAUAAUUCUGUCGGCAAAUUGUUCUAUAUGAGCGCAUAAUAUGUCACAACAAGUUGAUCCAAAACUUUUUCAGAACUACAUGUGCACCGACAAAAUCACUGACAUUAUCUGCCUUCCCAGUGUGGAAGGUGGUUGGGUUGGCCGCGGAGUGACUCCGUUGGUUGCGUGUGAAGACAAGACUAUCAAGGUAAAAUACGUCCCAGAUAAACGUCGUGUUCAAAUAAACUCUAGGUUCUUCAAAACCUGAAACUCCAAUACGAAGUGAUUUUGGGAGAUAUUCCAUCCACGAUGCACCUUUUCAUGAAUGAUGGUGGAUUUACGAAGCAAAAGAUUCUUUAUGGCACGAAAAAUGGCCGUCUAGGUUUGCUGGAUCUUGGUGAAAAAUCCGGUCGAAUUUUAUGGGAGAUUGCAACUUCCAGUUCUGCCGCAAUAAGUGCAAUUUAUUGUCAUCGGCUGACUGAGAAUACCCAUCCAGAUAUUGUUGUGGGGAAAGAGGAUGGUGUUAUUGACAUCUACACUGUUGAUGAUGCAGAUAAAGCCACCUUCAGACAGAAUUAUGUGAGCUUUAAAGUUUGAUAAGCUGAAAAAUAUAAGACAGCUUUACACACAUGUAUAAGAUACAUAUUUUAUUUUAGAAUUGCGAUGAAUCAAUCACUGCGUUAGAAUGCAUUCGAGUGGAAGAUGGAAAUUAUGAUGAGAUUAUUGUCUGCACUUACACUGGCUGGGUAUUUGGGCUGAGUACAGAGCAGUAUAAACCGGAAGCUCCGACCAAAAAGACCAGUGUUGACAACACACCGUCGUUGCAAGUGAAAGUGCAGAAAAUGCAGUAAGCUAACGAAAAUAGUGCUUUCUAUGACGCUAUAGUCAUUUAUAGUGAUUUGGCUGGCAUGAUGCUAUAGGACAAUAUGUUGAAAAAACAAGAUUUUUUAUAUUUUGGAACUUAUGAAACUUGCAAAAAAAGAUAAAAGUCACAUGGCGUAUUUUACAUUCUUUUGCAGAAGCGAACUCGACCAACUCGAGUUGAAAGUAAAGGAAGAACGAGAGAAAUACCACGAGAUGGUGGUCAAAGGAAACAGUGAAAACAAAGAAAUGGGAACAUAUAUCGACACUACUCCACACUUCCAUGUCAAUGAUCGAUUCACCUUGAAUAAGGACCUGGCAUGUUAUACUCUGACUAUCGAACUGGCUGUUCCCAUUGAAUACGUUUUCUUGCAGGUAAGAGCUUCCUAAAACGGUAAAUUUUAAAACCAUAGACACGCAUAACGUAUUUUACAAUAUUAAUUACGCCAAAGAAAAGAUUUUUUCAGAGCGAUGUAAAUGUGGAAUUGAUGGAUGUGGAGAAGAAUUCGGCCGUGAUCUCGGUUACCCCACCUGAUCCACAAGUAAGAAAUGUUGCUGUGAAUUGCAUUACCUCGCAGAAAAGGCGCCUUGCAAACCCGCUUCUUUAAUUUCACCAAAAAAUCGGCACUUUCGGCAAAAUAAGCGGAAGUUCUUGCUUAAAAUUUACAUAAACCCUUCACCGGAAAUCGUUAAAUUUUCAUAAAAAAUUUACGAGUUUCAGAACGGAAAUCAACUCUUGGCCGUGUACCGUUGCCAGGCCGACAUCACUCGAAUGGAGAUGCGGAUUCGUAGCAUCGAAGGUCAAUUCGGCACUUUGAAGAUGUACAUUGUCCCUCGAUUACAACUCAAAACUUGUCAGGUAGGCCAUAUUUAACUCUUAUGCACAUAUUCGUAGCGCAACACCGGUUUUUAAAAGCUCUUUUAAAAGGCAAAUCCCAGCCGAAAUACUUGACAUUUAUUUAAAAUACCGUAAUUAAAUAAGCAAGUUUGUAAAAGUUUGUUAUUGUAUUGACUGUCGAAUGUUAUUCCACACUGGUUUUCCUGACGAGAUCAUCGGUUUUUUUUCCGUUUCGUUUAUAUGCCCAAUGCGCAGCAGGACGCGCAUUGAGAAGCGGAUUGGUAGAAGCAUCCCAUAUUACAGCCGCAAAAGUCGAGGGAACGUUUUGAGUAGAAGUCCUGGAAAGAAUCAGAGGCAGUCAAAAGAUACAUGUAUUUCUGACCGACAAUCGCAAAAAGGAACCUAGAAAUCUUUCGCUGAAUUUGCAAAAAACGAGCUAAAUUUUUGGCUAUACGUUUUUUACUAUCUCAUUGUCGGGAAAAUUAUGUGGAUUUGUCGCAGCAAAAUAUCCGUCCUCGCCGCAAUCGCCCACCAAAUCUCCAGUCGCGGAAAUUGCAAAGCGAUUAGGGUGCGACGAGUCCACAUUAUUUUUCCGACAGACUAAUAUGAUCAAAAAAUCGAAAAACUGGCCAAAUUUUAGCUUUCUACACUUUUUUUUGCCUUCAAUAUUGCCCCACACAAAUCUUAGACAUCCCAAACUUGAGUAAGAAGACUUACAAUCAUUUCAUUCCGUAUCCCCGUCGUGUCGCCUCUUUUCGUUAGCAUAUUGAACAUGAUGGGCGUUGAUUCGGUCAGCUGUGCGAAGAAUGCGAUCAAUAACAAUGCCAGCAGGUAUAUCCUCCAUCCAGACUGCUCAUUUCCACACAUUUUGUACCCUGCAAAGAUUUUCUCCAAAAUUUAAAAUUUGCUACAGCUGUGUAAUCGCGAUAUACCUUAUUCACGCCAUAUUCUAAAUAUAAGGCAGAAAAUUGGGUACAAUAUUGGCAAAGAUAUAAUGACAAGUUCUGGCAGACUCAGCUUUGUGGCGUGAUGUCUAAGCUCGGUAUUUUGCAAUAAAUCUUCUACACAAACCGGAAAUGAACUAAAAACAGCGUGGAAGUCGAAACUCGGCUGACGUCUGCUUUCUCUAAGUUCACCUCCCUCAAUAUUGUACUAGACUAAAUAAAUCUUUUCUAAAUUUGUCUUUUUGAGCAACAAGAUCCUAUACAAGCGUUUCCGUAUUUUAUAAAAACCCCUUGUUUUCAAAAGUGUGGGAGUUCCUGGGCCCGCAAAUGGAAUGUCAUAACGACAAACGAAUCAUAGUUCAACACGUUUCUUUUUGCCUACAUGUCGCGUGCACUCAAACUACAGAGAGCAAGGAACACACGGGUACACACCGAUUUCGAGAAGUGAGAAUUUUGAGAAACACAAAUAAUUUUGAUGAGAAAAAUGAAAGGUUCAUAAUGUUGCCAGGUGUGGCUUUGAAAUAAAAAAAAUUAGGCUGUGACGCGUACAGUAGCUCUGUACUUUUUACGAUCUAUCUAGACUUUUUUUGGCAUUUACAAAAUUGGAAAUCUUGCUUUGUAAUUGUUUUCUAGCUACAGCGCAUGACACAAGAUGACCUUUCAUUUGCCUAAACAGCCGUCAUUUUCUAGCUGGACUGGCUUCUAUCGUAAAGCACGACCUCAAAAAUUGACUUGCUGACUUUCUAUUAAAUCAUAUGAGUUCUUUUCAACUCUAUAUAUAGCUCUAAACCUUCUAUUUUUACCCAAUUUUAACGUUUUGAACAGGUUAAGACCAGGUCAACCUAGAGGUGGCAAUCGGGCCGGGCCUGAGCAGAUUUGAAAAAGCCCAGGGCCGGCCUGACCGCUUCGGCCCGUCGGCCGGGCCGAGACUUUCGGCCCGGCCCGGCCCGGAAGGUGGAUAAGUGAAAAAAAAUUAAUACUGAACCAGCAAAAUAAAGCACGAAUGCUUAGCAGAAUUGUUGGAUGGAUAUUAAAUCAAACCUUUUUGACUUAUAUACUGUUUUACCACCUUUUCAAACUCUUUAAAAUCACUGAUUAUGUAUAUGUAAAAUCCCACCCAAAUAUGCAAGGAUCGGGCAAAUCUUCGAAUUUUUGAUGAUAAACUUAAACAUUUCACUGUAAUUUGAUUCCUUGAUGUAAAUGAACGCAUCUACGCAGUUUUUGAUUAAACAUGUAGCCUCAUAACGUCCAGAUUUUCACAUAGCUAACUUCCUAGAGGAUAAAAAAAAUCGACACAAUCCAACUUUUUGGCUAGGUUUUAGGUACCUGUUCGGCUAUUCCAGUCAGCCGACUAGACGUUUUAAUUCCACUCAUAUAGACGUAAAACCCCGCUGGAAGGCAUAGAAAGUUCCAGCAGAGAGUGCAUAGAGUUUUAUCCAACCUUUUUGCAGUAGCGGGCCAAACAGGGCCGGGCCGGGCCGGGCCGGCCUGGGCUUUCACCGGGCCGGGCCGGGCCGGGCCUGAGCAAAUUUGAAAAAGCCCAGGGCCGGCCUGGUCACUUCGGCCCGCGGGCCGGGCCGCAAAAUUCGGCCCGGCCCGGCCCGAUUGCCACCUCUAGGUCAACCCGAUGAAAUUUCAACCCAUCAAGGAGCGAAAAGCCCAAUAUAGCCAGGAAAGUGGGUGAAGUUUCCUCAAGACACGUUUUUUGUCACUGUUUUGUUUGCAACAUACUAAAAUAAUGGUUGCAAAAAAAUGGGUCGGAGGGAGAUGAUCAUAUCCGAAAUAUCCAACGUAUCCUAGAGCAAAGAGCCCAAAGGAUUCUAAGUAGGCCUUAAAAGCUUUUAUCCCACCGAAUAUCGAAAUGAAAUAAACCCAUUUAGUCAUCAAUAUUUUGAUCUUACUAUUGAUAUCAUAAGAGACAUAAGUGGGCAAAAAGAAGCCGGAAAUUCCAAAAUUUUUAGGAUAUUGAGCAUUGCAAUACGUAGAAUGUUUAGAACUAAAAAUAAGUUCUAAACAUGCCGUUGAUGUAGAGGCAAACGACCGCUGACCUUUUUAUGACCCAUCCGAUGACCCAAAUGGUCUCCAAAAACAAUGAGCGCUGCGUCAUUCCGAAAUUAAGAAUUCCCAUUAAAGCUUAAAAUUGCCCGCUUAUUUACAUCAACAAUAACAUCACAGGGUCCGCGAACAAUGCGGAAUUGAAACAUAUAAUAUGUGCGGAAUGUGUCAACGGUGAAUAAGAGAAAAGUACAGACUUGACGUCAAAUUGAAGCUGAGAAAAGGUCAGAGGCUCUAAAUAAAAAUUAUACCUAGAUUUGGGAGGAAUUCGAACGUAUGAUCGUGAAGCAAGUGAAAUCUCAAGAAUUCUUUGAAUUUAAGAUCAUCGUUUCUCAGCAAAUUUAUGCAAGAAGCGGUCCAAGAAUUUUUAUAAAAAAGAGAGAAAACUAUGAUCAAGUGAUCUUCAAGUCUAAAUAAGGCAAUCCUUUUUCUCAAAUUUUUAAUGUAUCUCCUCUAAAGUACGGUCAGGAACACCGUUAGAAAUAGCAAAACACUCUAUAGGAUCCUUGACUAAAAUAAAACACAUAUUCCAAGAGUAUCCCGUUAGCAAAAAGUUAUUCACCAUCACAACUCCAUCUGUUAUCAUCCCCAUCUCUCUGAUCUUCCCUAUCCACAGCUAUCCCCACCGUAUAAUCAUCGCAUCAUCCUUCCAAGAAACGUCUCCAGCGCCUUCGCUUUUAGUCGCAAAGCCGCCGCGUCUCAAGACGAGGUUCCUUUUUUAAGGCCUAAAGUGGUCUAAACCACGUUCGGAAUUUCCGUCGACAAACAGACGAAGCCGGCUUUCAGAUGCUAAGCCCCAAGUGACGUGACACAAAAACUUAUGCAAAUACGACUACAGACGUCAGAAGGCAACUUUUUGUUAGGUUGAAGGAAGUUAGGGUGGCGAUUGAUCAGUGAGACGUCAACGUUUUGUUAGUGAUGUGCUUCGACGAAAAUAGAGGUUCUAAGGCAAAUAUAGAAAGUUCAUACGUACGUAGAAGGCCCGACAAAGAAUCCGUGGGCUCAAAACUAGACGGCUUCUGAAGGAGAUGCUCUAAGUAACUAGCUGAGAAUUGGAUGAUAGUGGACAAAAAAUUAGCAUGCUGUUUCCAAACAGUUCGUUGUAAGACAUAUGCUGAAAUUUCACUUCGGCAAAGCCUGACCUUUAGAGAUACUUGAAGUGAAAGCUUAGCAAGAUUUCAUUCAGAUACAUAGCAAACAAAACGUAUGUAUGAAUAAUCUGCACACGCUGUAACCAUCAUACAUAUGACAUUUCCCUUGUUUUAAACACCUGACUUUUCGUCAUCAAAAGUAAAUAAAGCCGACAGUAACGUUGCACUUGAUAAGACUAGUAUGGCUUGUUUAUCAAAUACAACGUCAAAUGAUCAGGAAGUCUGCUAUGAUCUCAUACGAAGACUGGCUAUCAAAUUGUAUCCUAUGGACAAACAUUUUACUCAAGAAAUUUGCUUUUCGCCAUAAAAAAUGUGGAACAAGGUUCUGCAAUUGCUCAUUGGUAAACAGAAACCGAACACAGACUACGCAGAACACAAUAAAUCACAAAGUGUGUAAAGAGUUUUUAAUUUCAAAAUUAAAUUGUUACACGUAAGGAAGAAAUAGACCAAAAUUUUGUAAGCUAGUAUUAAUAGUAUGUGGAUGAAUGAUCUGUGACCACGGGAAUUUUCAGACUAUACACGUAUAUUUUAAGUGACAUUUGAAGCCGUAGGUAACAUGUAAAAGAUGUGCGUUAUCAAUAUCAUAACUAUAAGUUUAUGCAAUGCGACGCUUAGAAUUUGUUUCAAUUUUUAUCUUAUUCUAAACCUCUAUCAAAGCCAGAAAAUUAUGACUGUUUCUCUCCAGGCACAGUCAAGAUACCAAACGUUUAUGCAUAUUUAAAGGCAAGAGAUUCCAAACAUUCGAAAAAACCAAAGCUCCUUGCCUACCCACCUGAACCCAGCACUUUAAACCCACGCUAUUUGAGAAAAGUCCGUUAACCCCCAGAUUUCAGCUCCGUUCCUAUCCAAUAAAGCCAUUGGCCCUUCACGAACGAGUCCACCAUUUCGACGAGACCCGACCCCUCAACGUUCUCACAUUCACGGGCAAUUUCUCAAUCAACGAGGCCCAUUCGUGGCUCGUCACCUGCGUUUCGCAGAUCCCCGAGCGCUGCCCCGGAACGGACACCGUCACUCUGAAUUUUCAAUCCACCUUUAAUGGGGGUACCAUGCUUCAAGCCACUUAUUCGUAAGUUGAAAUUUUAUUUAAUUGAGUGAGAGGGUAUUGGACAUUGACUUGAGGAAAGGGGAAUUUGAAAUUCGUUAUUUCCGGGAAGUGCGAGUUGACCUAAUAAAGUAUUGAUUAGAAAUAAUAAAAAAAGGGAUGGUUUGUGACUAAUACACAUAGGCGUAUGUCAUAAAAAAAUGGCGUCCCUAGGCUGUCAAAAAAAUGCAGUGGCACCUUUGCACAAUAAACUCCCGUACAACAAAAAACAUGUUUGUGACGAACGGUUUCCCAGGCCUCACCUGUCAUGUUUAGGCCAAGAUAAGCCUCCAUACAACGAGACCUUCUCGUAGCGAAUUUAUUUUUUGGUUUUUUCGGAUUCGUUAUACAGAGGUUUUGGCUGUAUACAAAGACCUUUAUUAUCCCCAAUAAUUAGAAGCAGACCAUUUAAAACGCGUUUUACUACAAAUCGUAGAUUGGCCCGGACAUUGUUGAGUCGAUGUCUCAGAAUUCAACCAAAAUUGGUUAACCGAAUCACCAAUCGGUAUGGAGCAAUCGCUUGAUUUUUUUUUGCCCAUAGUCGUUAUAUGGUGGAUUACUGUAACUUGCUUUCUGAGAAAAGAGUUGCCUUUUCUGCAGAUAUGGUGCGGUAUUUUAGUGAGACCAAACCACCACUUUAUGUUUUCGACCAUGUAGAACAUUUUUGUAAUUAUGGCCAAAAGCUCAGAAUUACGUCUAAGCAAUGUUUCGCCUGCAGUAACAUACCAUUUCGGGCAUAAAAUUGGCUACUGUAACCAGAUGCACUUUUAAAUACGGUAAAAAGAAACUUCAACCUUCAUCCAAUAACCCAUAAAAAUUUCAAAAAAAUCAAAUAUACAACUUUUGAGAAAAUGGGCAUUCAAUAUCUCAUGUACAAGGUCAUCUGGGCCCGAAAAAAUCUGGCAUUCAUGGGAUUCCAACGGGAUGCACUUUUUCAAAGUUUCUAAUACAUUCUGAUGCUGAAUAAAGAUGAUAUGGCAAGUUUCAGGAGAAAAAAAUAUACAACUUUCGAGAAAUUGACCAAAAUACCUUAUUUUAGGUCAUCAGAACGCCGAAAAAGUCUGGCAUUCUUGGGAUUCCAACGGGAUGCACUUUUUCAGAGUUUCUAAUACAUUCUGAGGAUGAAUAAAGAUGAUAUGGCAAGUUUCAGGAGAAAAAAUAUACAACUUUUGAGAAAUUGACCAAAAUACCUUAUUUUAGGUCAUCAGAACCCCGAAAAAACUGGCAUUUUUGGGAUUCCAAGGGGAUGCACUUUUUCAGAGUUUCGAAUACAUUCUGAGGAUGAAUAAAGAUGAUAUGGCAAGUUUCAGGAGAAAAAAAUAUACAACUUUUGAGAAAUUGACCAAAAUACCUUAUUUUAGGUCAUCAGAACGCCGAAAAAGUCUGGCAUUCUUGGGAUUCCAAUGGGAUGCACUUUUUCAGAGUUUCGAAUACAUUCUGAGGCUGAAUAAAGAUUAGAGGCUAUCAAAGAGUGCUACAACCUCAAAUCCCAAGAAUGCCAGUUUUUUCGGGGUUCUGAUGACCUAAAAUAAGGUAUUUUGGUCAUUUUCUCGAAAGUUGUGAAUUUUUUCGCCUGAAAUUUUCAUUAUCAUCGUUUACAAGGCUACUAAUGUAUUAGAGGCUAUCAAAAAGUGCUACAACCUGGAAUCCCAAAAAUGCCAGUUUUUUCGGGGUUCUGAUGACCUAAAAUAAGGUAUUUUGGUCAAUUUCUCGAAAGUUGUAUAUUUUUUUCUCCUGAAACUUGCCAUAUCAUCUUUAUUCAUCCUCAGAAUGUAUUAGAAACUAUGAAAAAGUGCAUCCCGUUGGAAUCCCAAGAAUGCCAGACUUUUUCGGCGUUCUGAUGACCUUGUACAUGAGAUAUUGAAUGCCCAUUUUCUCAAAAGUUGUAUAUUUGAUUUUUUUGAAAUUUUUAUGGGUUAUUGGAUGAAGGUUGAAGUUUCUUUUUACCGUAUUUAAAAGUGCAUCUGGUUACAGUAGCCAAUUUUAUGCCCGAAAUGGUAUGUUACUGCAGGCGAAACAUUGCUUAGACGUAAUUCUGAGCUUUUGGCCAUAAUUACAAAAAUGUUCUACAUGGUCGAAAACAUACACCUGAACUCGAUUUGUGAUAAAAUAGAGCUUCGUUUUCUUGAUUAGGCCAUAUCUUUUUUUAAAAAAAAUGUUACAGUAUGCCGUCAUACGGUAAUUCUGGGCAAAAAGAAAGAAAGCGAAUGUUUUACCUGCCAUGAUGAUCAAGUUGACCGAUUUUGGUUAAAUUCUGAGAUACCGGUUUUAACAAUGUCCGCCCUCUGUUAGGCUAAACUCCAAAGUGUGGCAAAACGCGUUUUAAAACCUUGUAAUAGUUGUAGCUAAUACUAUUACAUACUAACCCACGUUCACGCUUAUUUACCUCAAAACAACACUCACCGUCCAACACCACCCCCGUAAUUUCCGAAAACACCUAAAACUUUCCCUGAAACAUAUUAUUAUUAAUAGCGUGAGCUUUCGUCUUCCAUAAAUAAAAAACCGGCUUGGCCCAAACCCUUGAUGACAAUGGGUCGUCGUAAAACUGGGGGGAUCGCCUUGAGGGAAUUCAAAAGAAUAAAUUAAAGAUGCCGCACUGAGUUUAAGACACGUACCGAGGGCUGUGAUACGAAAUGAUGAUAUACUGCGCUGACUUUAUUUGGAAUUAAGAAAUCGUUUCUGGCACGGAGUCUCAGGGAGAGUAUAGGGACAAAGCACGUGGCGGCACUGACGUGAACUUGGAAUUGGAAAUCGGAGUUUAGCUAUCAGGUUGUCGUUUUAGGUAAAUGAGAAUGCGAUAGCUCCAUAUUCAAGAUUGGGCCGGGAUUCAAAUGCCAGAUCCAGUGGCAAAAGACGUACUAUUUUGCAUUUUGGAAGUAUCAAAAAUGUGGCAAAACGCAUCGCUCUUCAAGUGAAAAAGCUUCGUUUUGAAGGGCGCGCCCUUUUUCCUCACAAAAAGCUUUUGAAACCCGAGUUUUUUUCACUUGGAGAGCGAGGUAUUUUGCCACAUUUUUUGAUACUCCCUGAAUGUAAAAUGGUGAGUUUUUUGCCACUGGAUCAGGUCCCCAACUGUAUUCAGAAAGCCUCAAUACCUUCCUUACAAUUAGGCUUGUUGAGUCUCCCCUUGAUGCUAAAAGAUCACACGCUUCUGCCACCCCAAACCGGCAAGGUUCGUUAGCUUCUCAGAGAUCGCUACGAGUGGUCUUUGGGUUAGACAAGGCGUUCGGCAUAGUAAAACGGUAGAUGAGCAACAAGUAAUUUUUUUGUGUCCUUUAUGAGGCGAAACGACUAAUCAGCCUGCACGUUUGCGCAUGACCAUCAUUGGUCUGGACAAAAAAUGAAAUAGGCAUCGUAACAGUCAAAGGGCAGCGCUAUUGGUCUGGUCAGAUAAAAAUUUGACUGCCCAAUUGGUCCGCCUAAAUAUUAGCUGUUGAUUGCGCAUAACUUUAGUGGGGUCUACGACGUUUGUGCAUGCAAUUCCUCACCCGUUAGGCAUUCAUGACGCUCCGGGCCAUAAGUUGGGUUAUUAUUUGUGAGGUCAGCGAUGAGGUCGCGGAACGUUGGAAUAUUAAAUGUUGAACUUUACAGAAAAGGAAAAGCCAUUUAUCGGAGCGAUAACUUGUCAACAAUCAUCAUUCUUCGCGAUGUCAUCAGCAAACUGGUCACGAACAAGCAACUAAAAGUUCAAAUUUCGUGCGGUAAGGACUAAUCGUUGUUUAAGUCAGCGUAAAUGUUGCCGACAGAUUUUGCACAAAAGUUGUGAUCAAGAUGUUCUAAGGCUCCAGGGAUUUUUAGUUUGGACGGCUGACAUCAAGGUGUUGCUUCAAAGACGGCUCAAAACUGCCUUAUAUUUGCCAAACUUACCAAAAAAACCAGUGAAGAGCCUGCCAAGAAUCUCAAAAACAAUGAAAGGCCAGAUCCAGUGGCAAAAAACCUACCGUUUUGCUUCCGAGAAGCAUAAAGAAUGUGGCAAAAUGCUUCCCUCUUCAAGUGAAAAAAAACUUCGUUUUGAAGGGCGGGCCCUUCCCCUCACAAAAAGAGCUGGCGCGCUUUUGAAAGCGGAGUUUUUUUCACUUGGAGAGGGAAGCAUUUUGGCAUAUUUUUGACACUUCCCGGAUGCGGAAUGGUACGCUUUUUACCACUGGAUGAGGUCCCCCACUGUAGUAUAUCAAAAAAUUAAAUCUCUGGUAAAGCAGCGUCAAAUUUUUAGCUCCAUCUGGAAAACUAUGCCUAGAAAUAUUCUACAUCCAUUUCAGAGUUCAACGACAGCAGUGUGGAACACACCCUCCGCCUGAUCCAUCCAAAAAUGGAGUAUCAAGCGCAGCUGGCCAAAAAAGUCGAGUUGGCCAGUAGUCUUAAAGAAUUGAAGGCUGCUUUUGGCGAUGUCUCAUAUCUGAACGCUGAACUAACUAAUAUUCUUCUAAAUCAUGACAAAUUGUAUGAAGAGGCGGAGGACAAGUCGAUUUAUUUCGACCGAAUCGUGGGAAUCAUCGUGGAUUUGUUCAUCGACCGGACCAAAGUCAAUGGCCUACCGUUGGGGAACAAGGCGAAUGAUUUGUUGCAAAUUUUGCAUGAAGAUUACACAUUCCAAAAUGUGUUGAAAUUCUUUGAAGCGAACUCGAGAUAA